UGCAGUCACUGGAGCGUGGCAGGAAGCAGGGGAGUGUACUGUAGCCUCAGCCUACAAGUUUCUUUGGUUAACUAAGAAAAUUAGAAACUGUCAUGCAAAUACAACAUAUGAUGACUGCUGCUGUAUCUCUUCAUCCACUUUCAUCGACCGUUUGCUGAGACUUUCAACAGACUUUCACCCAGCCCUGAAGACAUCAGCUCUUCUCUGAAAAGUGCCCAUGGAUCUCCUGCACACCUACAAGUGGCUAUGGGUGAUAAUAGCGAUUAUUUUUGCAAGUGGGGUGAUCAGCCUCAUCUUCAUCUUCAUCAACAAGUGCAUCUCCAGACAAGGAAAACACAGGAUCACACAGCUUCACAGAAGAUCUUCCAACCUCACUGUCAAGAGCAACAACUACCAGGAGAGAACCCCCAAAGACUUCACCCCAGCUUUACCUCCUCGGACACAGUUUCUCACAGAAGCAGCCCAAAGCUACGAGAACCUGGCUGAGGACUACGAGGAGUGCACACCAGAAUACGAGCAGGACAAGGGCGACUAUGAGCAGAGCACGCCUGACUACGAGCAGGACAAGGGCGACUACGUGCAGAGCAUCCCUGACUAUGAGCAGGACAAGGGCGACUACGAGCAGAGUAUGCCCGACUACGAGCAGGACAAGGGCGACUACGUGCAGAGCAUCCCUGACUACGAGCAGGACAAGGGCGACUGCGAGCAGAGUAUGCCCGACUAUGAGCAGGACAAGGGCGACUAUGUGCAGGACAUCCCCGACUACGAGCAGGACAAGGGUGACUAUGAGCAGAGCUUCCCUGACUACGAGCAGGACAAGGGUGACUACAAGCAAAGUAUGCCCGACUACGUGCAGGACAUGGACGAGCAGUCUGACUAUGUGGAGCCGGAGGAUGGGGAAGUACUUCUACCUCCUCCUCCUCCAUCGUUCGAGGAUCCAGAUCCAGCGGCAGGUUACUCCUCGGAGGACUAUGAUGACAUUGGAGGCGAGGAUGAAAACCAGGGAGAGGAGGACUACGACGAUGUGGGUUAAGACGAGGAGAAAACAGGAGAGAUAUUAUUCUGAAGUAAAAGACACUGUUGACUUUUCUUAUCUGAAUCUUGCUGAGCAGACAGAUCAGAAAUGAACCUUACCACAUAUUUCUUUUUGACUGUGUUUUUUGAUAUUAUUCAUAAAAAAGUAAAGAACAAAUGACGUAUCUGUAUUAUAUGUACAUAUUAAAGCACAAACGACAGGACUGAAGAGACCAAAAUCUGAAGAAAAUAUAGGUGGUAUUCAGACAACAGGGGCAAAAGGUUUUGACUCUAGUCAUGGAACCUUCAGCUAAUUUAUUUUCCCUUUAACCAACAUUGUUUACAGGCUACAAGUCGUUGUGCUGAACAACCAGAUAGCGGUUAUGUGACACAUGUUGCAUAGUUUCAGUAUUUUUAAAUUGUAAACAAUGUCUGUGACUAACUGAUCUAACAACAGUGGUCUUUUUAUAUUUCUGAUUUAAAAGCUAAUAUUGUAAUCUACAUAUUUUUUAAAAACUAUUUUGAUUUUUUUGUCAAAUACAAUUUAAAGGAAUUAGUUAUAUGUUUUGCUUUCAUGGUGAGAGUUCCAUCAGAAGAUUGAUAUGACUCUCUGAAGUUGACUCUCUCUGAAAACAGGGGGAAACAGCAAGCCUGGCUUUGUCCAGCAUGUUAUGUCUCAGGCUGUUCUCAUGCACUGUUCGUACAUGUACAUAUGAAAAGUAAUGCACCAGAAGUCGCAUAUAUCCCAUGUAAUUGUGAAGGCUGUGAUUACAUGUCCAAUGCACUGAUGGGAAUAAAAAAGGAAGUAGUUUAAAGGCCAAAACUCCA